AUGAGUGAUUUGGAAACACUCCAAAAGACUAUGACCAUUGGGGUCAUUGGUCUUGGCGAUAUGGGUGUCCUCUAUGCUCGAAGAUUUUCAGAAGCUGGAUGGAACGUUGUUGGGUGUGAUCGAGAAGAGUUGUAUGAAGAAACGAAAAAGAAGUUUUCCCUGGAAUUGUUCAAGAUUGAAAAGAACGGCCAUUAUGUGCUGCGUAUUUCUGAUUACAUUAUUUAUUCCGUUGAAGCAGAGAAUAUCAACAAGAUUGUUUCAUUAUAUGGACCGCUGACAAAGUUUGGGGCAAUUGUUGGUGGACAAACAAGUUGCAAAACUCCAGAGAUCCAAGCGUUCGAAAAGCAUUUGCCCUCUGACACAGAAAUUAUAUCAUUGCACUCCAUGCAUGGACCCAAGGUCAAUACUACAGGACAACCUUUAGUUAUCAUCCAGCACCGCGCCAGCGAUGCUUCACUUGAGUUUAUAAAUCACCUUGUGAAAUGCUUGAACUCUAAGGUGGUGUAUUUGACGGCUGCCCAACAUGAUAGAAUUACCGCUGAUACACAGGCUGUGACUCAUGCCGCCUUUCUUUCUAUGGGCGUUGCUUGGAAAAAUUCCAACCAAUACCCUUGGGAAACUCCCCGGUGGAUAGGCGGUUUGGAAAAUGCAAAGACCAACAUCGCUAUACGGAUAUACUCCAACAAGUGGCAUGUAUACGCUGGUCUUGCAAUCACCAACCCUGCUGCUCAUGAUCAGGUAUUACAAUAUGCUAAGCUGACGACAGAGCUUUUCAAGUUGAUGAUUGCUGGUAAGAGGGAUGAGCUCCGGGAUCGUUUGUUCAAAGCGAAAGAAUUUGUCUUCAAUCUGGUUGAUCACAACAACUUGUUGCUAGACGAUGAUUUAUUGCAGAAGUUUAGUCUUUCUAAAGUUCCUCCAGAAGGCCGUCAACCCAAUUCGCAUUUAUCAUUGCUAGCUAUUGUUGAUUCGUGGUUCAAUCUUGGUAUCAUUCCUUAUGAUCAUAUUAUUUGCCUGACACCUUUGUUUCGGAUAUUUUUGGGGGUCACUGAAUACGUAUUUUGCACCCCUAACUUGUUGGAGGAACUGAUUGAUUACGCAGUGCAAGACACCUCUUUCCGAACAGAUGAUCUUGAAUUCACCAUCGCUGCUCGGAAUUGGCUGAGCAUUAUUCGCUUUGGAAAUUUCGAGCUUUACAAAAAUGAGUUUGUUCAAACGCAAAAGUUUUUUGAACCAAUGUUUGCCAGCGGUAACGCUGUAGGGAACGAAAUGAUUAAAACCAUUUUGGACCGGGUGAAGGAGCGUGAAGCCCAUGCCUAG